AUGGCCGAAGUGAAAGUGCUAUUCGCCCAACGUAGCCACGUUGAGGCAAGAAUUAAGAAGCUUCAAGAACGAAUCAGUGAAGAAAGUGGUGUCGUCCAACCGAGUUUGGCACGAGUGAAGACAUUUGAAAGUGAACUCCAGUGCCAUUAUCGUGAGUACCAGAGAGUGUACGGUGAACUUUUGUCUGCACUUCCAGCCGAAAGAUUCGAAGAGCUAGAUGAGGAUUACUGGCGCUUCGAAGACAUCCACGACGAAGCCUGCGUUCUGGUGGAAACCCUCUUGAUUUCCUGCCCGACCACCAGUGACAGGUUUAACAAGCGAAAGUCAACAUCCACCUGCUUCGAUGCGACCACUGCACAACGCUGGCUCAGUCCUCCUACCCGAAGAAGCCAGUCACCGAGCCAAACGACGGAACAACCGGUUCCGAUUCCUGCCGCGGUGGAGAGGCCACGCUCGUCAUUGCCGAAAGAGAAAAUGGUGAGUACGAAUGUUACCAAUCCAAUCCAGACUGCGAAGCCGCGCUGCGGCGAAGAUUCCUCCAAGAAGAAGAUUCCUUUGCGUGGACCAGCCGAGAUCCAACCUGAGAGUGAUUUCGCCGAGGUCACUAUUCCCGAGUCAACAACCACGCCGGCCGAUGAAGCAGCAAAGUGUGAAGAAGAGGGGACAGCCGUUGCCUUCGAGCGUCCAACGUGUGAAAGUAAGCAUCCUUCGACGAGCCAGGAGAAUGUCCUUGUUGGCAACGAGCCAGCCAAGUUUGUCGGCAUUCCAUUCGAAGAUCCAGAGACACCGACGUCAAGCAAAGCGCCUUCCGGAACCGAUCCGGUGGCGAACCCGUUUCGAAUUCCAUUCGACCCGACUGGAGUUCAUCCGAAGCUGACGAUUCCGAUUCCUACCGGAUUCCAUCCGGUGCUGAAGCCGUUCCGACCGCCACCAGGAUUCCAUCCCAAGCCCAUGCAGAUCCCGAAGCCAACCGAAUUGCCUCCGGUGUCCCAGAGUCCGACCGGAUCCUUUCCGGUACCACAACCGCCUCAGCGCAACGCCGGUUCCCAUCCGGCAUUCCAGCAACAGAGUCCGACCGGUCUCCUUUCGGUACCCCAACAGUUGCAGUCCGUGACCGAAUCCAGCUCGGUAUCCCCGUCGCUCCAGUGUAAGGCCGGUUCCCUUCCGGCAUUCCAACCGAAACAGAGUCCGACCGGUGUCCUUCCGGUAUACCAGCCGUUCCAGACUACGACCGGUUCCUAUCCGGUACUCCAACAGUUCCAGCGCGUGACCGGAUCCUAUUCGGCAACCUAUCCGAUCCUAAGGUCUACCGGAGCCAGUCCGGUGGUCGAUUCCGCCCUGAUGCCUGCCGGCACCCGUCCGGUGGUCAAGUUGCACGAGAUACCUGCCGGUUCCCGUCCGGGGGUUGAGGCCAACCUGAUGCCCAUCGGUUCCUGCCCGAUGGUCAAGUCCUUCCAGAUGUCUUCCGGUUCCCGUCCGGUGGACAAGCCACUCCUGAUGUCUGCUGGUGCCAGUCCAGUAGGCAAGCCUAGCCUGCGCCCACUGUCUAUCGGUACCAGUCCAGUAGUCAAGACAACCGUCGAUACCCGUUCGGCGGCCAAAACAACCAAGAGUUCUACCGGUGCCCGUCCGGUCCACUCCUCCAUGAUGUUCGUCGGUUCCAGUCCGACGGUCAACUCAACCAAGAUGCCCAUCGGUGCCCGUCCGAUGGUCAGGUCCAACGAGAUGGCUGCCGGUUCCUGUCCGAUGGUCAACCUAACCAAGAUGCCCAUCGGUGCCCGUCCGAUGGUCAAGUCCAACGAGAUGCCUGCCGGUUCCCGUCCGGUGGUCAAUUCCAACCAGGUGUCUGCCGGUUCCUGUCCGGUGGACAAGCCACUCCUGAUGUCCGCUGGUGCCAGUCCAGUGGGCAAGCCCUGCCUGCGUCCAUCGUCUAUCGGUACCAGUCCGAUAGUCAAUCCAACCGUCGAUACCUGUUCGGUGGCCAAGAAGUCUGCCGGUUCCCGUCCGGGGGUCGAAGCCAACCUGAUGCCCAUCGGUUCCUGUCCGAUGGCCAAGUCCUUCCAGAUGUCUGCCGGUUCCCGUCCGGUGGACAAGCCACUCCUGAUGUCCGCUGGUGCUAGUCCAGUGGCCAAGCCGAUCCUGCGCCCACCGUCUAUCGGUACCAGUCCGGUAGUCAAGCCAACCGUCGAUACCCGUUCGGCGGCCAAGACGCCCAAGAUGUUUGCCGGUCCUCCUCCGGUAGCCACGCCGAUCCCGAUGUCCACUGGAACCAGUCCGGUGGGCAAUUGCGCUCCGAUGUCCGUCGGUUCCCGUCUGACGCUCAAACCGAAUCCGAUGUCCGCUGGAAGCAGUCCAGUAGACAGUUCCGCCCUCAAGCCUGCCGAUUCGUAUCCGGCAACCGAACCGAAGUUGAUGCCCAUCGGUGUCCGUCCGAUGGUCAAGUCCGUCCAGAUGUCCACCGGUUCCUGUCCGGUGUUCAAGCCACUUCCGAAACACACUGGUACCAGUCCAGUGCGAAAGCGAGUUCUGACGUCCGCCGGUGCCCGUCCGGUGACGAAGUCCAUCAUGAUAGCCAUCGGUAUCCGUCCGGUGGUCAAGCUGUCCUCGAAGUCCGUCGGUACCUUCCCGAUGGCCAAGAUGUUCCUAAAGCUCGUCGGCACCAGUCCGAUGAUCAAGCCGUUUCCGAAGUCCACUGGAACCGGUCUAGUGGUGAAGCCGACCGUGUUGUUCGCCGGAACUAGUCCGGUAGCCAAGCCCUUCGUAAUGCCAGCUGGUCUCCGUCCGGUGGCCAAGCCGUCUUCGAUGUUUGCUGGAAACCGUCCAGUGAAUAUGCCCUUCCCGAUGCCCGCCGGUACCCGUCCGGUGACCAACUCAAGCCUGACGUCAACCAGCACUCCUACAAAGAACCCACCGGUGCUCUUUCAUGUGAUACCAGCCGGCAUCCCGCGAAUUGCGAAGCCUAUUCCGAAGAUCGCGACGUGUCCAACCAAGAAGUUACCUCCAACGACAGCCGGAAUCCUUCCGGCACUUAAGCGAAACGAGAGCCUAGAAGAACGAGUCCCAAGCCCGAAGAUAGCCGGAACCAGUCCGGUAGUGAGAGAACCUCCCGAGAAUAAGCAGUGGGUCGAGGUGUCGGAGAUGAGCCAACCACCACUCGAUCCGCCACCGGUCGGCCAGACUGGUGAAUGCAAGCAACUCCAUUCCGACCCAAGGCCGAGGAAGCCUCCCGAUGAACCAUCCAAGCGACCCAGCGAAGCCAUCCCAGAGCGCGUGCCCCGAACGCGUCCACCCAACGACCCGAAGAAAGACGAGCCAGACGCCACAGAUGAGCAAGCAUUCGAUCCGUGGUGUAAACAAGUCAGAUUGCUAUACUUGAGUAAGCCCAUGAUUCCAAGUUCCAAGUUCUUCCAAGAUAUCUAA